AUGGAGCCAGAGUACCCGAGUCAGCAACCCGCGCAGCAGGGCUCCUUCGCACCUGCCGUGCAAGUCGCGCCUGAGCAGCUGCAGCCCGAGCCAGUACUGCCCGAGCAAGUGCCCGUCCAAGGCGACCAGGAAGCGCAGAAGCACAUGGACCAGACCAUGGACGGCGCCGACGACAGCAUGAGCUCCACCAUCACCGCCUCGACUGUCACGCCCCUCCCAGACCUCAACCAGAACACCAGCCUGAACAACAGCCCCAACCCCUACGAGCAGCCUCACCGGCCCUCAACCUCGUACUCAGACACCGCGUACCAGUACACCACACACAACGGCUCGCGUUUCAACACCUCCUCAGACGCCGACACGCCUCCGCGACAUGGCUACUACGACGCCAACAAAGAGACACAUAUGGGCCAGUCGCAUUCGCGGCCGAGCUCGCAGAUGGGACGGUACCCAACCUCCGAGGGCAACACGCGCUCCAACUCGUACCAAGAGCAAUCACGGAGCGCACAACAACAACAACAACAGCAGCAGCAGCAGCAAGAGGCUGCCAAGAACGCCAGCGUUGUCAUCAAAGUUGGCAUGGUUGGAGACGCGCAGAUUGGAAAGACCAGCUUGAUGGUCAAGUACGUCGAGGGCAGUUGGGACGAAGACUACAUCCAAACACUCGGUGUGAACUUCAUGGAAAAGACCAUCUCGAUUCGAAACACCGAGAUCACCUUCUCCAUCUGGGAUCUAGGCGGUCAACGCGAAUUCGUCAACAUGUUGCCGCUCGUCUGCAACGACGCCGUUGCGAUACUCUUCAUGUUCGACUUGACACGGAAGAGCACGUUAAACUCCAUCAAGGAGUGGUACCGACAGGGACGCGGCUUCAACAAGACUGCUAUCCCGUUUCUGGUCGGCACAAAGUACGACCAUUUUGUCAACUUCCCACGAGAAGAACAGGAGGAGAUUUCCAACCAGGCUAAACGAUUUGCGCGAGCAAUGAAGGCCAGUCUGAUCUUCAGCUCGACUAGUCAUAGUAUCAACGUGCAGAAGAUCUUCAAGAUCGUGCUAUCAAAGGCCUUUGACCUCAAGUGCACUAUUCCCGAGAUAGAAAACAUCGGCGAACCCUUACUCCUCUACCAAGCCGUCUAG